AUGGACCCUAUAAUGCUAUAAUGCAUCAAUCCUCCCCCUUAAACUCUUAUGCCGCAUCUCCUCCUUCGUCUUCCUCCUCAAAGUUCCAUAUCAUGACGAACACAUUUGCAUUGGCUCAACGAUGGCCAUAAGUAUAUCGUUCAUUGCAAUUGUAGCAAAAUUUAUCCCUUUGACACCGGGAAGCUACAUGUGGAGUCAUUUUGCAAACAAUGUGCCUCAGUGGAGAUGACAACCCACAUAGUAGAGCUGGUGCCGAUAUCGGUGAAAGUUGUGCCAUAACAGUUUCGACAAAAGCAGGGGCUGCUCGUCCCGGUUUGCUGAAUGUGUAUUAAUACUCGUCCACUGUCUCGGUCUCUCGAAAUUUUGCCACUGUUUGCUCCUUUGGAAUGCACUGGUAUUUGAAAUAUUUCUCAACCCAUGACAUCCAUCCCGACGGGUCCUCUUGUCCCAUAAAUUUUUGGAAUUCGAGUGUUGCAAUUUGCGUGUGAAACAUAGCUUGACUGGGGUACUCGUACUACCCUAUUAAUCCUCCAUACUCGUGCCCCAGUAUUUGGACACCUCCGACAUUAAUCCCUACUCCAGUCGAAUGUGGCAUGGCAGGCAAGCCAAGAUUGACCGUCGAAUAGUGGCCCAUCGCCACGUUGCGAGUCGCACAUCCCCACAACCCUACGCCUCCUAGGACUCUGUCAGUCCGUUGUCCCCUGGAGAGUAACUCGAGCCAGUCUAACUCACGCUCAGCCCGACUUUGCCCAUCAUGAAAAGAUGCGAAUUAGAAAUAAUUGGUCGAACAAAUCUGUGUCAUGGCCACCCUUUCAUCCCGAUCCCAUCAUUCACGGCCUGAAAAAUCAUCCUCACCCAAUGAAACCUGAUCCGCUUGUAGGGCUGGAUUUUCGGUUAGAUCGGUUAUAACCGAUAACCGAAAUGUCGGUUACCGGUUAACCGCGACGCCAGCAGUGUCUACUGCCAACCGCCCGACGGAAACCAUCGGUUAGCCGGCAACCGACCGGUCGGUUACCGGUUAGUUGCUCGGUUACCCGUGGUAACCGCAACUUCCUUCCGCCCUUCUUCUUCUCUGCAAGACAAUCCAAAAGCAGAGGAGCUUCCUCUGAAAAACUCCGCUCCCUCACCCCACACAAAAAAUUCCGCCAAACGCGGCCUUACCCACUUCUCCUCUCCCGCCAUAGAUUCCACCUCCUACUUCUUCCUCUUCUCCUCUUCAAAAAAGCUUCCAUCUUUCUCUCUUUCUCUGCGGAGACCCAACAAAUUAAUGUUGCUACUGCUGCUCUGAAAUUCUUGUGAGAACCGAGAUAAAAAUGGCUUUCCAAGACCACAUGUCGCAAGAAAUGGGCUUCCAGCCGCCGCUCUCCGCGGCCUCCGCAGGGCCUUCGUGGCUGAACAGCGCCGUCCUCCGCCGCGGCGAUGGCAGCGACAGGAGCGAGAACGACAGCAACAACAACAACAACCACCACCACCACGGCGGCGGAGGUGGGGAAGAUGAGCUUCUGGACGGUGGCGGGGGAGUGGGGGAUUGGGAGAGGGCGAAAUGCAAGGUAACCGAGUGGCGCUGGGGCGCGGAGAAGACAGAAGGCCGAUGGCGGCGGCGGGGGCCGCGGCGGAGGUUGCUGCGGGGAAGGGUUUGCGGCGGCGGACUCUCGCUGGCGGCGAGGACUGGUGUGGGCGUCGAUGCAGAGAAGGGAAGGGAAGGAAGAAGUUUGAUUCUGCAAAUUGGGGAAGGAAGACGAAGUCGAAGACGAAUUAGGGUUUUGGUGUGGGCAGCUGGGCGGCGUUUUGUGGGGGGGGGGGUGUUUGGCCGUGUCGGUUAGCCGGUUAACUGGCGGUUAGAUCCAUCGGUUAGCCGGUUAACCGCCACCUCCAAUAUCCCUAUCGAGCACCGACCGCGUACAUUUUUUUCGGUUAGUCGGUUAACCGGUAACCGGCGGUUAUCGGUUUAACCGGCCGGUUAACCGGUAACCGCUAACCGAACGGCCAGCCCUAUCCGCUUGCGUGCACGUCGGUGGACCCAUUUCUUCCGCCCAAUCCUUCUGGCUCUUAUUGCCAAGGCUCCAGCCUGUUCGAUCCCAAAUUAGCAUCGAUGACGCCUGAGAUACACUUAAUAUAGACCCUCGUAUUAUGAUCCAAAGUGCAUUGAUUUCCCAUCGUUUACCAUCAUUAUACCUUGGAUUUGUUAUGUGAAUGCUUAAAGUGAGUUGUGACUCAUUUUGUUAUCAAGUUAUGCUUUUGGUAGUGUUCUGUGCUUUUUCAAGUCAAAGUAGUCCAAUGGACCACUUAGGAGCUGGAGGAAGAAUCGAAUGAAGAAACAUGUGUCCAGAAAUGACACCCUAGUUGAGAAAUGACGCAAUGCCGCCAAUUUAAAGAAGCGACACUUCGUCAAGAAGGCGUCCAUAAGUUAUCCGGAAGUAGUAGCUUCAUCGAAGAACUCUUCUAAUUAGUUGGAUGACACGUCAAAGCCAAGUUUCUCUCCCAAAAAACCUUAAUCCAAGGCCUAUAUAAAGGUCUAUAGGGUUUGAAACUCGAUAGCUAGUGAUAGGAGGCAAGUAGAGGAUCAUUACUCUGCUGACAGAAUACCCUACCUGACUUAGAGCGACACUAGUUGUCGGGAUGAAUCGGUGCCCUCCGACCCAAUUUCUCUGUUAUGACUGCCGAUUCUAGAGGUUCUCUGGGAGGUUUAUUUCAAUCGAUGACUCCCUAGAACUCGUCCCCAUGGCUGCUAGUUCCCUUAGUUGCAUAGGUUGGCGAACCUUAGAUGUUCUUUGACAAUAUUGAUGUUUGGUUUAUAUAUGAUGAUUGGACUUCUUCUAUCUUUCUGCUUGAUUUCUAUGUUUGGUUUGUUGUCAAUUAGAUUGCGUGUGUAAGGCAAGGACUAUCUUCAAAGGAUAUAUCCUCCUAUCCGGAUUUGUGGAUGAGACUAGAAACAACAUUCCUUCAUAUAAUCGAUAAUCAAUCGAUUGAACUGUGUGACUUCUUCAAGCUAAGGGAGAAAACCAUAGGGUUCAUCUUGCAUGUUGGUUCGCAGAGUUAUCGCAAACUAAAGCAGGAACAAACCCAAAAAUAAUGAAACAUGUCAUAUGUAGCCACAUUCAGUUGUUGAUUAUUGGUUGCAUGUAGAUGUGUUUCUUAGAAUCUACCUUGCAUACUUAUUGCAUCGAGAUGCUUAUGUCUCGAAUGCAAUACACGCAUGGAAAGGGAUCGUGUUGCAUAAUGUGAUAUAUGAAAUUCAUUAUCGUAUCUCCCACGUCCCUCAUGUAGCUUAGAACCUACGAUCAUCAUCGUGAGGAGUGGCAACCAUAUAGAAGUAUAGUAUAUCAGUUGGCAGGAGGAAUCUUUCAGGAUAGCUGCGGCAGCUUCGCGGUAACGAUAGAGAUUCAAAUUCUAAAAUAUUCAUAAAUUUAUAAGACAAAG